ACCAAGACAGUUGUCCCAUCAUGACUCCCUGUUGUGGGUUUACUUACCACAGUGAAUCUAAAUACUGAUGUACUAUUAUGACUUGCUGCCAUUAUGAAAUUAAAACUUUUUUUAUGGUAGUAAAAUGUCAACCUGUCACUAAUCCAUUACCACUCUGACAUUUAAAUCAAUUUGUUUUAUGUAACAACAUGCGUCUGAGUGAUUUAGCCCUCUCUGCUCAGUUUGGAUCCAGAACAGAAAGACCAGCUGAUUGAAGUCAUAGGGAAACUCCUGACAAAGCCACAGUCAGGUUUUCUUCUGCUCACAUAGCUGAUUCAAUAAUUUAUUCACUAGAUGUUACUAAAUAAAUGCCAAUACAAGUUUGAAAACCACAGAGUUUACAAAAUGCAGAAACAGGCAACAUUUGUAGGUCUCUAGUUGAACUUACAGUAGGACAUCAUUUUAGAAUGCACAAGUAAUAUUAUGUGGUUUAAGAAUCAUAAUAAAUAUGUACUCUGCCCACAAAAGUUCUUUAAUGGCAGCAUUCUGACGUCACCACCCUGUUGUGUGAUUGAAAAUGUGCUGCAGUUGGUAGCAGGAAGUGUUGUCAUGGCUUUUGAGGAGGUGUGUCUGGAGCGCAUCGACCUGAUCCACAAGAACUACAGAAAGCUGUGUAACCUCCUGAUCAAUGUAGAAGAGUGGGGCCAGGCCGUCGUCAUCAACGUGCUGACCCGCUAUGCCAGGAACCAGUUCCUCAACCCAAACAUCAACGAAUCUCUGCUGGAAGAGGGAGGCAGCGGGGAGAAGACUUUUUAUGGCUCAGCUGAAGACGAGGAGGAAAAAGAGAAGAAGAGGUUGCUGCCGUGGCCAAGAGGAAUCCAUACGUAAUGGUUCCAGACCACUGGCUGCUACUGAGGAACACAAAGCCACUGCUGCAGAGCUGCAAUGCAGCUGUGGUGAUGGCCCAGCUGUAUUUCCAUCUUGCUCCUAAAGCGGAGAUAGGGGGGAUUGCUAAGGCCCUUGUCUGUCCCCUGAGGAGACACAAGUGAGGUUUACUGUCCAUGAUUUGUCUAAACAAAGAGAUACACCAAAGAUUUUGGCUGCAGCGUGUUCCAAGAGUUAUCUUGUGAACUCAAGCCAAUCCCCUAAUGAGCUGAGGUGGAAAUAAUGAGAGCUGUGUUUAUGAGUCUCCCUUGAACAGGAACAACAAAACAGUGAAAGUGGCAAAACAAUACAAAAUAAAUUUAAAAAAGAAAAAAUACACAGCUGAGUAAAAGCUAUAACCAUGAAGCUUAGCAAAGUGGAAAACAGUAUGACAACAGAGAAAUGGCAAGUGAAGGUAGUAAACUAAAUCUUUAUAGCCUUGGAGCAGAAAAUUCAAUUAAAUAGGACGCUCAGCUAGACUGAAGUAGUAAAUGAAA